AUGGCGACUCUCAUGCAUCGGCUCACAGCCCGGAGACAAGCUGAAGCAAAUAAGCAACAUGUAAGAUGCCAAAAAUGCUUGGAAUUUGGACAUUGGACUUAUGAAUGCACAGGAAAAAGAAAAUAUCUGCAUAGGCCUUCAGGAACAGCAGAACUAAAGAAAGCUUUGAAAGAAAAAGAAAACAGGUUGCUGUUACAGCAAAGCUUUGGAGAAACUAAUGUAGAAAGAAAGACCAAGAAAAAAAGGUCUAAAAGCAUAACCAGUUCCAGUAGCAGUAGCAGUGGCAGUUCAGCCAGUGAUUCUUCAUCGGACAGUGAAGAAACGUCUACCUCAUCCUCCUCAGAAGACAGUGACACAGAAGAAAGCUCCUCUAGUUCAUCAUCUUCAGCCUCCUCCACAAGCUAUUCCUCCUCCUCUGAUUCAGACUCAGAUUCCAGCUCUUCUAGUAGCAGCAGCACCAGCACAGAUAGCAGCUCUGAUGAUGAACCACCAAAGAAGAAGAAAAAGAAAUAGAAUUGCUCCAUCCAUAUUGGACUGACGGACUGAAAACAUUAAUGUGAUUCUCAAAAGGGAAUUUAGAAUAUGUUAAGGCCAAAUAGGUUAACUGGUCAAAAUUUCUAGAAUUCAAGAGUUUCUAAAUGUUUUUCAUUGUAAGAGCAUAAAGAGUAUUAAUAAUAAUGAAUUACAUAUACUUUUAUUUUAAGGGCGAAUUUUGUUCUUUUUUAUCUUUAAAAUGUAUCUCUAGAAUUUAAUCAAAGCUGAAAUCUGUAAAUCUUUUUUUGUGAUGAAACUUUUCUCCCUGUGAAAUAAAUGCCA